CCACAAGAGAUCGGCAUUCCCAAGAGUUGCCUUCUUUGCAUUUUCUACUCUCUAUCUUUUCGUCUCUUUGACCACCACAAUCAACUACUUACUACUACUAUUCUAGCUACUCUAACCAUCUCCACCAUGCUGUCUACAUUGGGUCUGAAGAGUCUUGCCGCACGAUCUAAUGCUAGUAGAGCGCAAAUUCGCUUGGCAUCGACGUUGGUCUUAUCGGAUCCAUUGACGGCCGAUGGCGCUGCUCCUCCUGCCACACAAUCGGCGGUCACGGCGGCCGCUCAACUCGGGGGCGAUGCCAUUGAAUUGCUCGUAGUAGGAGACACGCCUCCCAGUCAAGUUCCUGUGGGAGUCGCCAAAGUCUAUCAUGCUUCUACUGCAUCAAACGCCGUAUCCGAGACCAUUGCGGCCACGCUUCAAUCCGUCGUCGAGAACAAAGGCAGUUAUGAUUACGUCGUGGGAACGUCGUCCAAAUUUGGAUCUACCGUCAUUCCAAGAGCAGCUGCCUUGUUGGGAGUCUCGCCCGUCACGGAUAUUAUUCAAGUCAUUGAGAGUGACACGUACGUGCGUCCCAUGUACGCGGGAAAUGCCUUGGCCAAAGUCCAAGCCAAGGAUGCCCAAAAGGUUCUCUCGUUUCGUCCCACUUCCUUUGACAAGGCGCCACUGGAGGAUGCGGGUGCCAUUGAAUCCGUCGAUGCCACGGUGUUUGACAAGGCCCAAUGGCAUUCCGAAAAUGUGUCCAAAUCGGAUCGACCCGAUUUGGGAUCGGCCAAUGUGGUCAUUUCCGGAGGACGCGGUAUGAAAUCCGGAGACAAUUUUCCCAUUUUGGAAGCGUUGGCGGAUAAAUUGGGAGGUGCCGUGGGAGCGUCUCGUGCGGCGGUCGAUGCCGGAUUUGUUCCCAAUGAUUUGCAAGUCGGACAAACGGGAAAAGUCGUGGCACCCGAUUUGUAUAUUGCGGUCGGUAUUUCCGGAGCCAUUCAACACUUGUCGGGAAUGAAAGAUUCCAAAACUAUUGUAGCAAUCAACAAGGAUCCGGAAGCGCCCAUCUUUCAAGUGGCGGAUUAUGGGCUUGUGGCGGAUUUGUUUGAGGCUGUGCCGGAAAUGACUGAAAAAGUAUAAAAACACACAGAAAGGAAAGAAAGAAGAAGGUUCUAGAUAGACAGUAGUAAAAGUUUUGAGAGAGACAGACUAGAAAGACUGGUUGGUUUUGAACAAAAUAAAAUAUACUCAGUACCGGUACAGUAGGGACAACUCUACAAUAAAGUGUUUUAAAAAGAGCUAUGCUUGGUGUUCGUUCCACACUACAGAAGUGCCACACCGGUACCAGUACUGAUGUUGGAAUGGAGCAGCCCUUUCAGAGCAACAAAUCACUCAUGGCACUAAAAAUAAUAGGGAGCUGGACUGGCUACUAGUGAGCAGGCCUUCAUAUCUGCCGGUAUCCCCAUCCCAAGAAUUCGGUUUUUUUCAGCGCUCGUCUCCUGUAUCCCUUUGCCUCAGUUUGGAUCCUUAUGACGAAUACGGUACCUGGUACCAGUCAAUCAAGCCAUUGCAGCCGGCUACCAUAGUUACAUCAGCGACAGUGGCAGCAGUACCGAACACACUCAGGUUCGACUUUGCUCGCUACACUUCGUUACCGGUACCUCGCAUUGGAUCCUUAUGACGAAUACAUGCACAACCGAAUAUUGUCAAUCCAGCCAUUGUAGCCCGCUACCGUACAGUUACAUCGGCGACAAUGGCAACAGUACCGAAAACACUCAGGUUCCGCUUUACUGGCUACACUCUGUUACCGGUACCUUGCAUUGGAUCCUUUUGACGAAUACAUGCACAACCGAACAUUGUCAAUCCAGCCAUCGUAGCUAACUACCGUAGAGUUCAUGCAUCGAUCGGUGACAGUGGCAACAGUACCGAACACACUCAGGUUCGGCUUUGCUCGCUACACUCCGGUACAAGUACCUCGUAUUGGAUCCUUACGACUAAUACA